GACUACCAGAAAGCACAGGAGGCAUCGAGUGUCAAGAAGGAUCUCCAGCAGCAGGUGUGCAACAUACUCAAGAACGAAGCACGAGUGAAGGAGAUCAUCUAGAGCGUGAAGGAAUACAUGACUAAGUACUCACUGCCCGAGCACGAUGUGGCUGUACUGCUGUGGACGACCAAGAUGCCUGGCAUGGAUUGGAACAAGAAGGAAGAGCUAGUGGCGGACCAAGCACUGAAGCAUCUGAAGCAGUACACUCCUCUGCUUGAGGCUUUCACAUCCACUCCACGUGCAGAGGUAGCUCUGCUGGUCAAAGUCCAGGAGUUCUGCUACGACAACAUGAACUUCAUGAAGGUGUUCCAGAAGACUGUCAUCCUCUUCUACAAGACAGAUGUGCUCAGCGAGGACUCUAUCCUCAAGUGGUAUAAGGGCGCCCACUCACCUAAGGGCAAGAGCGUGUUUCUCGAUCAAAUGAAGCGCUUCGUCGAGUGGCUCGAGAAUACCGAGGAAGAGUCUGAGGGGGAGGACUGAAAGGUGUACCCUGCAUGUGGCAAGCCCAGCGAGGCUCCUUGCCCGACCCUGCCAAUACAGCACCACUCAUACAGCAAGGAGAAAAAAAGAAGCCUGGUGGAUGAUGGGUUCGGCACGCCUGGGCUGCCACGGCCUCGUCAGAUGCACCUUUCUCUUCACCACCUCCACCGCCUAAGACUGUGACGACGAUCACUAACAAACCACUAUGCUGCCAGCGCUGCUGCCACCUCAUCUUGAAGACAAGUUGUUGGGAGAAGGCAAUGGAAAGAAGGCACUCUCGAGGGCAAAGAAAAGGAAAAAA